AGAGGAGGAAGCGGAAGCGGAAGCAAAGGCAGAGCCUGAGCCGGAAGCGGAAGCGGCGGCGGGCAGCUUCCUGCCUGGGCAGCGGCGGAGGUCGGAGCUGGGGCCGCGCUCGCCCGGGGCUGCGGCGGCGGCCGCGGGAGGAUGAGGCGGGCAGAAAUGAAGCACGGGAAAUCAUCACGUCCAAAGGAUUUACUCGGAGUAAAAGAUUACUGACUACUACAAUGGAAAAGUCAUGGAUGCUUUGGACCUUUGUUGAAAGAUGGCUACUAGCAUUGGCUUCCUGGUCUUGGGGUCUCUGCCGUAUUUCUCUUUUACCUUUAAUAGUAACUUUUCACUUGUAUGGAGGCAUUAUACUACUCGUACUAAUAUUUGUGUCAAUAGCAGGUAUAUUAUAUAAAUUCCAGGAUGUGCUGCUUUACUUUCCUGAACAGCCCUCUUCAUCACGUCUUUAUGUUCCCAUGCCUACUGGUAUACCACAUGAAAAUAUCUUCAUCAAAACCAAAGAUGGAGUUCUUCUCAAUCUUAUUCUGCUGAGAUAUACAGGGGACAAUGCAGCAUAUUCUCCAACCAUCAUUUACUUUCACGGCAAUGCAGGCAACAUUGGCCACAGGUUGCCAAAUGCUUUGUUAAUGCUGGUGAACCUGAAAGUAAACUUAAUCCUUGUUGAUUAUAGAGGGUACGGAAAAAGUGAAGGAGAAGCAAGUGAAGAAGGUUUGUACUUAGAUUCUGAGGCUGUGUUAGACUAUGUGAUGACUCGGUCCGAUCUUGAUAAAACAAAAAUUUUUCUCUUUGGCCGUUCCUUGGGGGGAGCAGUAGCUAUUCAUUUAGCUUCUGAAAAUUCCCAUAGGAUUUCUGCCAUCAUGGUUGAGAACACCUUUCUUAGCAUCCCACACAUGGCCAGCACUUUAUUUUCUUUCUUUCCAAUGAGAUACCUUCCUUUAUGGUGCUACAAAAAUAAAUUUCUGUCCUACAGAAAAAUAUCUCAGUGCAGAAUGCCUUCACUCUUCAUCUCUGGGUUGUCUGACCAGUUAAUUCCACCAGUCAUGAUGAAGCAACUUUAUGAAUUAUCCCCAGCUCGGACUAAGAGAUUGGCAAUUUUUCCUGACGGAACUCAUAAUGACACUUGGCAGUGCCAGGGAUAUUUCACUGCACUUGAACAGUUCAUCAAAGAAGUAAUAAAGAGUCACUCCCCUGAAGAAAUGGCGAAAACAUCAUCCAAUGUUACAAUAAUAUAACUGAUACUCUUCUUUGGGGUCGGGGGAGUACCUGCACUGUACCUUGGUUUGUGAAAAGUGGUGAAAGAAUGUUAAUUUUUACAUGUGUGUCAUGUCUGUACUUGCCUAAAGAGUGAAAUUAAAGUUGGAAAGGUCUGAUGCUUUAUUAAGAAGUUCCGGAUAACUUUUACAUUUGCAGCAUUGUAAAUGAACCAUUUUGUCUUUCUCAUACUUUUUUGAUAUGUCCAUAUAAUCCAUUUGUUUGAUAUGUACAACAGAUGCUAUUAAACGAAAAAAAAUGCUACAAGAGUAGUACAGAACAUAUUAGUUUAGAACAGUGGGAGGCUUCAAUGCUGUAUGUGAGCUUUUUGGACAAUCAUGGUUAGCACAAUGAUUUGUUGUUUCUCUUAGAGUUUAUUUAAAGUGUGCCAUGCAUGAGAUAGUGUUUUAUUCCUUGAAACUUUAUAUUAUGCAAGAUGGGAAGUCUUUAAUGUGCUAAAUAAUAUAAAAUAACAUUAAUGUUAGAGUAUACUUACAGGUAUACUAUCCUCAGUUAUUACUUUUUUUAAUGGUUAUGCAUACAUAUAUAGUUCAAACUGCAACUGAGGAGGAAAAGACACUUUCCCUGUUUUCAUUUUACUGUUUGCAUUUUAGCGUUGCCCAUAAGGUUGUAUGUGCCUAAACAUGGCUGGUGGAUUUUGCCCAGACGAUUUCUUCACAGAAAAUAGAAGUAACCCUCAAAAAAAAAAAUGUAAUUUAACUUCUAAAGCUCUUGUCCACCCCAAGCUCACAUCAUUAACUUACAGUCAAACUAUUUAUUGCUGUUUCUAGCCCGUGCACUUGAGGUGAGAUUUCCCAGGCAGGAUGGUGAGUGUGAUAGAGGGAAGUAUCACACAAGGUAAAAGUAUCCAAUUUGUGUUUGGGUUUAGGCUGGUUUAGUUAUAAGUCUGUGCCCUUUGAUUUAUUUAUGCUACUUAAAGAAACAAAUAAUUACCAGUGAUCACAUGAUUAUAGAGUAACCUACAGAGCUGUUAUAGUGAGGAUAAUAUUUGGCAGACAUAAGUUUUUUCAUACUUUUAUCCAUCUGCUUACAAAUCUUUUACAGUGAAAGUAGCCUAUGCGUUAGCAGUAGAACUGAGUUUUCUUAUACUGAGACUUUUGAAGGUAGCAUCACACCAUUUCAAACCAGCAAUACUUAAAUUGAGAGCUUGAUUGUGACUGAAUGGGAUUUUUUUUGGCUUCAAAGGGACCUAAUUCUGGGUAGUUAUAUCAAAGUUACAUGGUAUUAGUUCAGUUUAUUGGAGUGUGUUGUGUAAAUCUCUUCUACAGGUUUAAUUGCUUAUCUGCUGCAGCUGAUAAUUUGCCUCUUCAAAAUCCUUUUAUGGGAAGGAACUGUGGAAAAUCUUACACAAAAUCUGUACAAUUCCCCUUCAGAAUGAAAUUUUUAAAUGAAUUUUUUUUUUUUUUUUUUUUGCAGUGAUGCCCUGAUUUAGAAAAGCAUCUCAGCACACGCUUAAAAUCUGUUUCCUUAUGGGGACAGUGGUAUUUUAAGCUUGUGCUGAAGUUCUCUUAUUGAAUAAAACUGCUUUCCUGAACUGGUGCUUUAAUAGUUAUGCCUCCAAUUUACAGGUUUACUUUCACUCAUGUAUUGUCAGAGUUGAAGGUAGGGUGAUAAAUCUUUUACUACAAAAACUUAAAUGUGGUCUUUUUAUUUUCUUUUCAUAAACACAAACACACCAGAAGUUGCUGCUAUCUCUGGUAAGUAUCUUUCAUCAUCCUACUACUAAGGUUUGUUUACAAACAAUUGAAAAAGGUAUAGGAAAAAAAAAAAAACACUUUUGGACCUGUAGACUUAAACCAUGGUAGACAGAGCAUAGUUUUGAAUCUGAGUGAAACUGAAACCAUUUCUGAUGUUCAGUGGUGAUAUUGGGUGGGGACAAGGUAUUGGUGUAGUUUGGAUUGGGAAGGUUGGAGAGAGGUGUCUAUAUAGCAAGAAGUUGUUAAUAGACAUAGCAUUUCCUUUCUGUGAUGUAUCCUAAAACAGUACUAAGUUCUUCCAUCAUCUCUAAUCCAUUGUUUCAGCUGUUUCAUAUUGCUUUAGAAUUGAGGUGGAGGGAUAAAGGAGAGACAAGGAAGGCCGAGGGCAACCAUUGCUUUUUCUGAAAGCAAGUUAACAAAGCCAAAAAGUAAUUACUUGUUGGAAGCUGCGUGCAGAUAAAUAGUUGUUUCAGAAAUUGUCAUAGUUUGCCAUUAAACACCAUUGUCUUUCAUUAAAUGUGGAUUUCCAAAAUAACAGAGGACGUUUUACCCUGCUCCGCACUAAUCAAAUACAUUCAAGAACCUCACACAAAAUCACUGCCAGUACCCUUCCAACCUUCUGUAUUAUGUGGCACUUCUGUACAAAUAAAGUAUUCACAUUUGGGUCCACAGUUAAGUCAAUGUCAAAUGUGUGGCCUUGGAUUAUGGAAAUCAAGAGCUUUUCAUAGUGCACUGUGUCUAAACAUUACUUUUGAUUAUCAAGCCAUAUCUUUUCACUGUAGUGUCUGCAGGACCUAAAAAUGCCUGGUUUUGCAAAGUAUCAGGUAUGCUCUCAUCAUAUAUGCAUACUUAAUGUGGUUUCUUCCAGCUUCCACAUAAGCACGUUUUUGCUUCUCCCUUAAUACAUUGGACACACACAUUUGUGGCUGAAUACCUACUCUGUUUUUUCAUUGCUUUGGCUGUGGAAUCCAGUGAAAGAAAAGAGGAAGGAAAUAAUUAUGCAAAUUUUCCAAUGCUGUAAAUAUGAUCCGAAGGAGGGAGAAGGGGGAAGAAGCUUGUUGCUGACAAGACUUAUUUUUGUUUUGUGGUCUGUGAUGGCAACCUACGGUUUGCUGCUGAAAGCCAUUUUCAGACUGUACAUUACAAGAAUCAGUAGUAACAGCUUUAAAUUGCCAAAAACGUUAUGAUUGCAUUGCAUUUACUCCAAUUAAUGCUGUUAUAUAUUUUCCCAUACCAGUUCUCCAUUUGUGUAUAGAUGUUUCCUAAGUGUUUGUCCUAUGUAUACAUACAUUUCUAGUUUGCAAAGAGGAAGUUGACGUAUUUUUACAGGUUUGUAAGAAAGCCUCUUGGCUUGAAUAUAUUCUUUAAAGGAAUUGUCUCUUUUAUAAGAGGAACUUGCUUAAGGAUUAUUUUUUUUUUUUAAAGUUGGAGGGAAGGGUCAGGAGUUGAACUAGAACAGCUGUAGCUGUAGAGUCCUUGUGAGGAAUUAUCUAGUAUGAGACCUUGUGUGCGUGGUUUUAAUUAGUGGAAAUACUUGAGGCUUCCUACUGACCCAAGUUUACAUUCCCAGUGUUUGCUUCUGAACUGUGAAACGUAGAGUGAUUAACUGUUUUCAGAUGGGGAGAAAAAAAAAAAAAUUAACUGAAACAACUGCCCUCAUGUCCAUUUCUCAGGUAAAAUUAGACAUAUAGCACAAAUGCAUUUGGUCAGCUAUGGACAAUCUCUCAGUUGAAGGGCAAAUGGAUUAACUAUUUAUAUCAGAUAUGCAUAUCAGCGAGUCUUAGCUAAUCACUUGUGUCAUGUUGGAUGUUCAUAGUGAAGAAUGCAAGGCUGAAUUGAGAUUCCAAGGUAUGGUCUCCUAAUAGCAAAGCAAUGCUGGCAUACCUCCAUUUGUAUUUCAUAAUUUAAUUCUUGAGAAGUAUAUUUUUAUUUUUGUUAAUGACAGGUGAUUUUGCUAAGGGCACUCCUGCCAAAUACAAAAUCAGUGCCUCCUGCAUGUAGUGGGAUCAGCCUGGUGUAUCCAGACCAGUCUGGAUCCACUAACCUGAUCCACUGUCAAUUAAGAAUAAUUUACAAUACCAUCCUGCUUGUAUAACUUAGAGUAGAAUUCACAAGAGUGUAGAUAGAGAAAGUAUAUAUUCAAGUUCUAAAUAACAUAUUUUGAAUUCAGAAACACUCGCUGAAUAAAUGAUGCAAGCUUUCUAUUUGAUUUUUCUUUAGUGUAUAGUUGAAGGAAAAAUGUCUUUUAAAGUAUUCUUAAGUUUUGUAGACAAAGCAUAAAUGUAACUGUAUAUGUGCUAAUUGUGGCAAAGUUUUACAUUCCCAUCCUAGUCUGGUUUUUACAAUAAAAUUAAUUUUACAAAAAAA